CCAGCCUGUGGUCAACGAGAACGUCUCUCGCGUGAUUUCAUCCUCCUCCUCCUCAUCAUCAUAAUUAAAAAUAUCCCUAGGUGGAUUUCUUUCCCCCCACCCAGCGUGCAGCCCAUGCAGGAGAGUGUCCCCCCCCGCCAAGGAUGGUGGUGUCUCUUAACAGUUGCCAAGCCCUUCCCCUGUGCUAAGCGCUGGGGUCGAUCCAAGUUGGACGUUGGCAACAGGCUCCAUCCCAAACUGGGAGGCGUCCAACGUGUGCACGCCUGCGGCGACCGAGCUGUUGCACACCUGGUGCAGACCAGGCACGCCUGACUACCUCUCUGAGCAAAGGAAGGCCCUGGGAAAAUACUGUGGGUGUCGGUCACCCCCGUUCUGAAAACCUGGAAAAAUCCUUUUGGUGCUGGCAGAGCCCUGGGGGGGGGGGGGGACCGACCCGAGGCCCUGAGGAUCAAAAGGACCCCAAGGAAGACCACCUGAGCAAGCGGUGGCCCCAGGACCGGCCCAACUCAAAGUCCCCGUUGACCUGGUGGGCAGAGAUUUCCCCCCACCCCUCGAGGAAGAAGCCACCCCACCGUAGAAAGACUCCCAGCGCCCAAGUACAAGGAAGAGGCACUGAGAAGCUGUGUGGCCACCAGCCCUGAAAAUCAACUGGAAAUAAAGUCAGAGAAGAAAUGGCAGCUGCACUUUUGAAGACUUCACCACUCUCAGCAAAGAGUAGACUGCUCCAGCAAUCCGGUUUAUCGCUCUACAGCUCGGCCCACGGUUUCCAUGAAGAAUCGGUGAAAAAGAAACUCCUAAAGUUGACCGGUGGAUCAGUCGACCUUUGCAAAGACGAGAAUGGCAUUGGAAUUCUCACUCUCAACAACCCAAGUAAAAUGAACGCCUUCUCAGGAGCAAUGAUGGUACAACUUCUGGAGAAGGUGAUUGAAUUAGAAAGUUGGACAGAUGGGAAAGGCCUUAUCAUCCACGGGGCUAAAAACACGUUCUGCUCAGGAUCUGAUCUAAACGCCGUGAGAGCGCUGGGAACGCCGGAGGAUGGAGUCGAGACAUGCAUGUUCAUGCAGAACAUCUUAACCAGAUUUAUGAGGUUGCCUUUAAUAAGUGUCGCAUUAAUUCAAGGAAGAGCAAUGGGUGGAGGAGCCGAGUUGACCACGGCCUGUGAUUUCAGGCUUAUGACCCCAGAGAGCGAGAUCAGGUUUGUCCAUAAGGAGAUGGGAAUAGUCCCGAGCUGGGGAGGAGCCGCCAGACUGGUGGAGAUCAUCGGCAGCCGACAGUCCCUCAAAGUGUUAAGCGGAGCCCUCAAACUGGAUCCCACCCGGGCCCUGAGCCUCGGACUGGUCGAGGAGAUCUUACGGUCUUCAGAUGAAGCGGAUUCUCUGGAAGAAGCACGGAACUGGCUGCACCAGUUCGUCAACGGUCCCCCGGAAGUCAUCCGAGCGUUGAAGACCGUGGUUUCGUCGGGGAAGGAACUACAGAUGGAAGAAGCGUUACAGACUGAGAGAGAUGUGCUGGGGACAGUUUGGGCUGGGCCUGCCAAUUUAAAAGCCCUUGAAAAGAAAGGUAAAUUUAACAAGUAACCGCUGUAUUAGGUAAACCGAGUUGGGCGAGUGAGUUCUCCCGGAACCCACGUACAAUGUACGGUGACACACGCUAUUCACCCGAGUGGCCUUCGGUACCGACGUUCACGUAUAAUUGCUUUGCUCUAGGAGGGAGUUCUGGGGGUGGUUUGGCUACUUUAUUCUGUAAUACGUCCAAUACGGUAAACUUGGAUUUAGGAUAGAUAUGUACUAUCCUGGUAAUUGGAUUCAGGUUCAGUUCUGUGCCUUUUCCACUUCUUCUUUUACAAAGGAACCCUGUUGUAUUCUGCAACUUCUCACAGUCUCUUACUGAAAGAUAUUGUGUUCAGUUCCUAAAUUAAAAUGGCUAUUGGGGGAAAAAAAAAA